CUACACCGGAAACGGUCUUGUGGCUACGCAUGCGCAGCGGUGAUAAGGCUGUACAGUGAAUUUGUCUACGAUCCUAGCAACCAUUAAACCAUAAAAGACAAUUUUCGAUAUGGCAGAAGUGGAAGAAACUGUCAAGAGAAUUGCAAGUCAUAAAGGCGUCACAGGCAUUGUCAUACUCAAUAGUGAUGGCAUUCCCAUUAAAAGCACUCUGGAUGCCCCAACUACUGUGCAACUCGCAGCCUCAAUACAAAAUCUGUGUACAAAGGGACGCAACUGUAUUCGAGAGAUGGAUCCCACCAAUGACUUGACCUUCCUUCGCUUGAGAUCAAGAAAGCAUGAAAUCAUGUGUGCACCAGAGGGCGAUUACAUGAUGGUUGUCAUUCAGAAUCCAGAAAAGUGAUGAUGGUCAAGCUUUGUAUUAGUGCUGAGAAACUUUGCGAUACCUGGGAGCAGAACUGCAGUCCUUCUAUAAGAAUGUGUGAGGGUUAUCUUGCCAGAUUUUUCAGUUCCAGAAUGUAUUAAAAAAAAAAAAUGUGGGUUUCAUGUUCAUUCUGUAUCUUAUAAUUAAAAUAGAUCACUACUGCCUGAAGUCUAUUACCAUAGUCAUCAAAUGGCUAAGCCACAUAUAUGUCACGAAGCAUUUUUUCCAUGAGGGCUAGUCCCCACUGUAUCAUCAGGCUAAUUUAUGGUAUUAAAAACUGCUGUCAUUCAUUUAAAAGUUGACCAUAGAGAUUUGAUAAUUCACAUGCAUAUCUUUACGUAUAACUUCCAUUUUUAUGUUGUGUUGUAGGGUUUGUGUUAAACUGAGCUAAAAGUAAAUAACUUACAAAAUAGCAUUGUAAUUUGUUUUCUGUGGAACUUUUUAAGUUUUUCUGUUGCUUUAAAAUUGGUAAGACGACUCAUUGCAAUUUUCAAUGUUUUGCUAGCACUUUUUGGGUUUUUUUUUUUGCUAUGAUAAAAAAGUUUUACAUAUAAGAUUAUGCUUUUUAUACACACACACAAGUGGUGAAAAAAAUUGUAAAUUCUUGUAGGUUUUGUAGAUAUAUAUAAAAAGUAGAUUCUUGAUGGCAGUUGUCCAAAACUUUUUUCAUGAGCAAUCUUCAAAUGUUACAAAUUUAAAAUGGAAAAUUAGCUUUCUUUUUCAUACUAGAGCCAGGGAAAACAUGUAUAGUCCUAAAACUAGUUUUUGUAGAUAAUCACUGAUAUUUAACUUAGGUUAUUUGUAAUUAUUGUUUUGCCCAAAUCUGUAUAUUUCUUUUUUAAAUCUCUGUAGCUGUUAUAUUUUUUUCAGGUCUUGCCUUUUCUGCUGUGAGUCUUUUAAUGUUGUUGAAAAUCAUGUACACAAUACACAAAUCUUUGAAACAUCAAAAA